UUUGCCAAAGUUAGAUCAGAAAUAGAUGCCAUGUUGGCUCAAUACAUUAUUUUAUUUUUGUCCCUUCGAACUGUCUUCACCGAGAAGAGCUUCACAAUAGUGGUAGAUACCACCAACUCCAUGAGGGAGGAAGUACAAAUUUUGAAAAAUAAUAUUCAAAGUGUGGUGGAUGCGGCACGAAAUAGAAACUUCGAAAAUUACAUAUUACUGCCAUUUGGUGAUGACGAUGUAGGACCGCCGUUGAUAAAAUCAGAUCCUGAAGAGCUGCUGAAUUUAAUAGAUCUGAUAGAAGUAAGUGGAGGUCAUGACUGUCCGGAAGAUUCUCUGGCGGCUAUAGAAAAAGCCCUCCAGAUAAGCAAACCAAAAUCGUAUAUCUACGUAUUCACCGAUGCCCAGGCUAAGAGUCAGAUCAGACUAGAAACAAUACAGAAAUUGUGUCGGACUCGCGGAAGUCAGGUAGUUAUAUUUCAAAGUGGCAAAUGUGUGCCGCAGGGGUUAAACCAAUACAACACCGUUAAUAUUUACUACGCCGUGGCUAAUAGCUGUGGAGGUUCAGUGUUCGAGUUUGACUUGGGGAAUUUUCGCCAUGCCUUUAACUACAUGCGAGAAAUAACAAGUGUGGAGUGGAGUGCCGUCAAUUCCCAUAUUGAAUUUUCAGGUAGCAAAAGAUUUACAUUCACAAUGGAUGUAUACACAAAAGACUUUAUAGUUGCCGUAUCGGGCAACUACCCUAGGAUUUCCAUCAUAAAUAGUUUUGGAGACAGUCCUCAAAUCGAAAAAAUCCUCGAAACACAGGCGUUUCUCGUAAUUAGAGUUAAGAACGCUGGAAUUGGCGAGAUAAAUACGGACGUAUCCUGCCAAGGAGCUGCGGUCACAACGUUUUAUGAACGAAAAGAGGUAACGUUCCAGGUGGGCUUCUCUCCAUUACGACCGAAAAGUCUUCGGGAAACUUCAUCAAGACCAUUAUCAGAUGUGGAUGGCUACAUGCUUAUAUCACUACCUGAGGAGUUAUCAGCGGAACUGUUAACUGUUCAGUUGCAAAUGAUUAAUAACAUGGGAACCAAAAUGUUGCAAUAUUAUGCGUUGGAUGGAAGAAAAAAUCUGUACGUCGCAGAACUAUUUAUUGCGACUCAUGAAUCCUUCAAAGUGUUCAUAUUAUGCCGAGACGAAGUGACUCAACAGGAAAUCCCAGGUUACAGCGCAGUUUUAAAACCUCAAGAAUUUGAAUUUGGAAGAAAUGGCAAACAUAUAACGCAAACAGCCCCAAGGCUACAUCUCCUAGAACCACAAUCGGUUUUAAUAAACUAUGGAACUAGUUAUACGGGAGCCUGUAAAAUUGAUUCUAAUACUAAACCAGAUAUUUGGUGGGAUAACGAUGCUGGGGAGACUUUGCCAUCAAGGAGUGCGCUACUACAAUAUCCAUCUACAUACAUUAGUUACGUAAGCAUCCAGUCAGCUACUUAUAACCAAACAAUGAUUUGCAAAUGUAAAAAUCAAGACGGGGAAGAUGCAGUAGAAUUUAAUGUGUACGUCAACAGAACAAUAACUUUUGAAGUUGUAAAAUACCCGGUUGAUACGACUAUUGAAUUCGGUAAAGAAGGAAAACUCUUCUGUGAAGCGAACACGUACCCAGAAGCUGAUAUAAAGUGGUACCACAACGAUACCCUCAUUGAGGAAUCAGAAAACGUUCUGAUUGUAAACGAUGAGCAUGCGUUAAUAAUAAAAAAGAUGGCAAUAGAUGACACAGGAGACUAUAGUUGCGAAGUAGCAAACAGUAUAAAAAGUGAAUCAUUUUCAGCCAAGGUUUAUAUCACUGGACUUGAACCACCUCAAAUUAACUUGGAAACAACGGAAAUUAUUCUGAAGCCCGGCGACUUUACUCAGGAAGAUUGUGUGGUUAUAAAAGGAAUACCGGAGCCCGAAGUGACUUGGAAAUAUAAACCAGAAUUAGACAAUUCUGACUACGGAUCAUUUCCAGACGGAGUUAUUGUUGAUGGUAAAUCUUUGAAGAUACCUGCAGCGGAAAUUUCACAUCGAGGCUUCUAUGUGUGUGAGGCAGUGAAUUUAAUCGGCAUCGACUCUCAAGACAUUAAAGUGAAGGUGCAAUAUGCACCCAAAAUCAGUAACGAUGAAGAGAUAAAAACAGUCAAAGAAGGAGAACUGGUAGAAUUGCCUUGUGAUGUUGAUGCUGUACCCAAAGCUGACGUUCACUGGGAUAUGUAUCAAGAUGACGUUAUCAUAGCUUUUAAUGGCCGACAUCAUACUGAUGAUAGAAACACACAUAGAUUUACCGCUCAUUACAACGAUUCGGGAAUGUAUCACUGCAUAGCUGAGAAUGAAAUGGGCAGAGCUAUAAGAACCGUCACGUUAAACGUAUUGGUUGCACCGUACAUAGAACACCAACAUUGGGAGAAUAAGACAAUGAGAGCUGGAAAUACGUUGGUGUUGCCCUGCGAAGUAACCUUCGGCAAUCCUGUCCCUUCAACGAAAUGGGAGUUCAUUUCGCCAAAGUUUGAGACCACAGUAUUGCUAAGGAGCCAUUCCAUGGGAAACCUAGAAUUGGUUUUGGCAAAUAUAACCCGUAGACAAGAAGGUACUUAUCAAUGCGUAGCAGAAAAUGAAGUUGCGCCUGACGUAAUGAAACUGUAUGUGAAAGUAUUGUAAAAUUUUAUAUUGGUACCUACGAUUAACUUAAUUUUAUAAUUAGAAUUUACCUAG